AUUUCUACCCCUGUAAAACCCAUUCUUCCUCCAAAAUCCUACUUGCGGGGGGGUAUGCAUUCCAAUUCAACUGAACUGAAUAGUUCAAGGUUUUGCAAGGCGGUUUGCCGAAGUCCUGUAUUUGCUCUUUGGCUAAUUACGUUCUGACCCCUCCUUUCAAUUUGCACCUCCUGAAACAAAAUCCCUCUGCUAUUUAUAGCAAGAAAAAGAAAUUGAUAGCCGGAAAUUUUGGAUGUCGGUAUCCCAGAGGUUUUCCGUUUUCUCGGGUUUCACUCUCACAUUCUGUAGUUCUUGCUCUCGUUCUUGUGCUUCUCUUCUGUAUCCGUCGCCAUUUUCUUCUUCUUCUUCUACUUCUUCCGGAAGCUUCAUUUCGUUCCGAUUGCGUCCUGUUUCUUUCUUCACUCCGCUCUUUCACUCCGCCACCAUGCCCCGCACUCAGUUGUACAAGUUUUAGCCUUCACCAUGGAAUGCAAUACUGGGAAUGAUCACUUUUCAAUUUUGGAUAUUCAGAGAAAGGCUACGGCUAAAGUCCAGAGGUGGGUGGCAAAACCAGAUGCAGAAGGACAAUCUAGUUCAUUGUCUGCGACGGAGGGAACUUCUAGGGUUACAGAGGAAGCUAUCGCUGACAGGCUGAAUUCAUUGAGCAUUGCCGAAACUAGUGGUGGGCCAAGUGUUUCUGCACGAGUUCCGCAAGUUGGAGUUGUCGCGCACCAGAAUCCUGUACCUAGACAAACUGUCUCUUGGAAGCCUAGGUCAUAUGGAACGGCAAGUGGGUUGCCAGCGGUAGAGGUUGACCAAGGAUCGGCAAACCAAGUGGCGGGUGAAACACUGGAGAAUAAAGCUCAUACAGCAUCAAAUGGAGUAAAUAAUGCAGUCCUGAGCAAGUUUUUUGGGGGCAAUCUGUUGGACAAUUUUACUGUGGACAAGUCAACCUACUCUCACGCCCAAAUUAGGGCCACUUUCUAUCCUAAAUUUGAAAAUGAGAAGUCUGAUCAUGAGGUCAGAUCAAGGAUGAUAGAGAUGGUAUCAAAAGGAUUGGCUACAUUGGAGGUAUCACUUAAACAUUCUGGAUCUCUUUUCAUGUAUGCUGGACAUGAGGGAGGAGCAUACGCUAAAAACAGUUUUGGAAACAUUUAUACUGCCGUUGGCGUUUUUGUUCUUGGAAGGACAUUUCGCGAAGCAUGGGGUGCUGAAGCUACCAAGAAGCAAGCAGAGUUCAAUGAAUAUCUGGAGAGGAAUCGUAUGUGUAUAUCGAUGGAACUGGUGACUGCUGUAUUAGGCGAUCAUGGGCAACGACCUAAAGAAGAUUAUGUGGUGGUUACUGCAGUCACCGAACUGGGAAAGGGAAAGCCAAAAUUUUACUCAACUCCUGAAAUAAUAGCUUUUUGCAGGAAGUGGCGCCUACCUACAAAUCAUGUGUGGUUGUUCUCUACUCGGAAAUCGGUGACAUCCUUUUUUGCUGCGUAUGAUGCACUAUGUGAAGAAGGAACUGCAACUCCAGUUUGUCAGGCACUUGAUGAAGUUGCGGAUGUAUCUGUUCCAGCAUCAAAAGAUCAUGUUAAGGUACAAGGUGAAAUUUUAGAGGGUCUUGUGGCUCGAAUUGUAAGCCGGGAAAGUUCGAAACAACUUGAACAAGUUCUUGGUGAUUUUCCUAUACCCUCACUGGAGGAGGAAGCCGGCAUGGAUUUUGGUCCAAGCCUUCGAGAGAUUUUUGCUGCUAACAGAUCUGAUGAGAAGCAGCAAAUAAAGGCACUGCUACAGAAUGUCGGCACCUCUUUCUGCCUGAACUAUCUGGACUGGUUUGGGACUGAAGGGUCUGAAUCACAUUCAAGAAAUGCUGAUCGUGCCGUCAUCACCAAAUUUUUACAAGCACAUCCAGCGGAUAUUUCGACCACAAAAUUGCAGGAAAUGAUUCGGUUGAUACGGGAAAAGCGGUAUGCAAAUUUGAAAUGUUAUUACAACUAUCAGAAGAUCAAUUCUGUUGCCAAUAAUAAUCUUCCUUUCAAACUGGUUGUCCAUGUACACCGAGAUUCGGCCUUCCGACGAUAUCAGCAAGAAAUGAGGCACAAACCAGGAUUGUGGCCUCUCUAUCGAGGUUUUUUUGUGGACCUGAACUUAUUUAAGGCAGGAAAUGGAGAAGCUUCGCACUUUGCUAAAAGUGGUUUGGAUAUGGAAAGUUCUGACAAUGAUGUUGACACGUUGCCGAAAGAUGGAUUAGCUGAUGAAGAUGCAAAUCUGAUGAUAAAGUUGAAGUUUCUUACUUAUAAGAUACGAACAUUUUUGAUGAGGAAUGGCUUGUCAAUUCUUUUCAAAGACGGUCCAGCUGCAUACAAGGCGUACUAUUUAAGACAAAUGAAGAUAUGGAACACUUCCCCUACAAAGCAAAGGGAACUGAGCAAGAUGCUAGAUGAGUGGGCAGUAGAAAUACGCAGGAAAUAUGGCCGCAGACAACUGUCUUCUUCUCUCUACCUCAGUGAAGCCGAACCUUUUCUAGAGAAAUAUGCAAAGCGUAGUCCGCAAAAUCAGGCUUUGAUUGGAUCUGCUGGGAACUUGGUAAGAGCAGAAGAUUUCUUGGCCAUUGCUGCGGAGGGAAGAGAUGAAGAGGGAGACCUGGAACUAGAUAGGGAUGUAGGACCAGAAACCCCGGCUCAAAUUGUUAAAGACUCUGUAACUAGGGAUCAGGGUCUUAUAGUUUUCUUCCCAGGAAUACCUGGCUGCGCAAAAUCUGCUCUCUGUAAGGAAAUAUUAAAAACUCAAGGAGGUCUUGGGGACGAUCGGCCUAUUCACAGUUUGAUGGGUGAUCUUGUUAAAGGUAGGUAUUGGCAAAAGAUUGCUGAAGAACGCCGGAGAAAACCUUAUUCCAUUAUGCUUGCUGACAAGAAUGCACCAAAUGAGGAAGUUUGGAGACAGAUUGAAGAUAUGUGCAGAAGCACUAAGGCAUCCGCAAUUCCAGUUGUACCUGACUCAGAAGGAACUGAGACAAAUCCAUUUUCUCUUGAUGCCCUGGCUGUUUUCAUUUUCCGAGUUCUUCAGCGAGUUAAUCAUCCGGGGAAUCUUGACCAGUCCUCUGCAAAUGCUGGAUAUGUGUUGCUAAUGUUUUAUCACCUUUAUGCGGGCAAGGAUCGUAGUGAAUUUGAGGCUGAGUUAGUUGAACGUUUUGGCGCACUAGUGAAGAUGCCUUUAUUGAAGUCUGACAGGUCUCCUCUACCUGAUUCUGUGAAAUCUGUUAUGGAGGAGGGGAUAAAUUUAUACAAGCUUCACACGAACAGGCAUGGAAGGUUGGAGUCAACCAAAGGCACAUAUGCAAAGGAGUGGGCUCAAUGGGAGAAGCGAUUGCGGGAGGUGUUAUCCAAAAAUGCAGAGUAUCUGAAUUCAAUCCAGGUUCCAUUUGAAUAUGCUGUGCAGCAGGUAAUGGAACAGUUAAAAGCUGUUGCUAGAGGCGAGUAUGUAGCACCAAUCAUUGAGAAGAGAAAGCUUGGAGCCAUUGUUUAUGCUGCUGUGAGUUUGCCUCUUCCAGAAAUUCAUGAAGCCAUCCAUAAAUUGGCUGAGAAGGAUCCAAAUGUUCAUGCUUUCUUUGAGGUGAAAAGCAUAAAGGAUAGCCUCACGAAAGCCCAUAUUACACUUGCCCACAAGAGAAGUCAUGGCGUUGCCACUGUUGCAAGUUAUGGUUCACUCGUUAAUGAGAAAGUCCCGGUAGUUUUGACUGCACUUCUGUUUACCGAGAAGAUGGCAGCAUUUGAGGCUGAGCCUGGUUCUGUCAAUGGUGAGAAGAUAAGUUCGAAAAACCAGUGGCCUCAUGUCACAUUAUGGACCGGUGCGGGAGGUACAGCGAAAGAUGCAAACAUGCUGCAACAGUUAUUUUUGGAUGGAAAGGCUACCCGUGUGGAGAUUGAUCCUCCUAUCACAAUAACUGGCAUCUUGCAGUUCUUCUGAGUUGAAACUUCUGUUAAAUAAUUGCCUCGUGUAGAAUGCCCUUUUUGAGGUCUUCCGGCGGAUUCCAUGUAAAUAAACCUGAGUCUGGGGGAAAACAUCUUUUUGGUAACCUUUCCCUGGUGAAAUAUACAAAAGGGGUAAGAAACAUAUAGACUUGACUUAGGAUUAUGACGACGAAAAGCUUAGGCACGGUGAGGGUGGGAAGUAGAUUGAAAUGUUAGUGAAGUUACCUUCAACUUCGGUAUUUGUACUGGUUGCUACAGAACUGAAAUUGCAGAGAGCUUGAGAAGUGUUCUUUCCCAGUUUGAUAGUGAAAUGCUAAGGGAUGCCAUGAACUUAUGCUACAAGAUCCCCCAUCUACAAAAACCUAGCACGAAUGCAAAUUUUUCUGUCCUGUGUUAGUAGUUUGCUUUAUUGUGUAUAGUAGUGUCAGGUCGUGAAUGGUUAUUAGAACUUAAAAUAGUAUAUGAAAUAUCAGUUCACUGGAAAAUUAUCAAAGAGUCAUUCUUCUUGUCUUUUGCAGAAAACCGAAACCGUUUCUGGAGUAGAGAUUUAGUUUACAUAUUUUAACCCAGUCAAGAGUGAUUAUCAUUAUUAUUAUUUUUUCUUGGUCCACUUGGUAUUUCAAGUCAGCCUGCUCUGGUUGUCCAUAACGGCAUACCCGUAACGGCAUAGCCUCUGGAAAGCAUUCUGAUUCCUGAACACAGAAUGAACAAUAUCUGAAUCUUGCAAAUUCAGAGAAAAUCAAUUGCCAAUUGAUGCUGAAACCAAAUACAGACAAAUGUAGCUCAAUGGCAGCAACAGCGGGAUGUUUGUGGGAACAGAUAAAGCUGUCGCUGUCGGAUAGAAUUCAUUUGGCAUUGCAAACAGGUGGAACAGCUGCUGAUGCCAGUUUUUGUGCUGGAGUUUCCCAAAUUGGACUGGCAAGCCGCAAGUGGAAGAGGAACUGGCGCGAGUUAAAGAGUUUGAUGAAAAAGGGUCAACGAUUCAAGUGGCAUGUGAAGUCGUUCAGAAGGAGUGAGGCUUAAUAAAUCAUCAGAUGGAUGGAGCUAAAUCGUUUUGGGAUAAUUUAGAGAGCAAAAGCGUAAACUGGAAAGUUCAAAAGAGCAUUCUUUAACAACCCUCCCUUGCCAGAGUACCCCAUCAGGCCAACAGAUGAAUCAUGUCUUGUUUAAAAGAGUUGAAACAAGAAACAUCAGUACUAUGACACAGAACUACUAAGAUGAUACCAUAGAGUAUCAAGUACUCCCUCCGUCCCAUAAUUAUUGUCCACUUUGCCCAAAAAAUUUUGUCCCAAAAUUAUUGUCCAAUUUGACUUUUUA